AUUCAUUGCAGCUAGCAGGUCAAAGGAACGACUAAAAUGAACGACUCACUCAGGAAAACGAAUCGUUCACGAACGGAUCUUUGUCUCUACUGCGUUGGUUUCGCAAUCCUCUCAAGUAAUGGCCGCCUGUUAGUACAGCAUUUCAAGCUACCUAGUCUCAUCGAAAAGGGUUGUCUUCUCUAGUGACCGAUAACUCACAUUACGCAAUAAACCAAGAUGCCAGUUGCGGUAGGACCGUAUGGCCAGCAACAGCCAGCCUGCGUUGACAGAAUUAAAAUGGGAUUCAUGAUGGGCUUCGCUGUUGGGAUGGCAGCUGGUGCUAUGUUUGGAACAUUUUCCUGUCUGAGAGUUGGCAUGAGAGGCAGAGAGCUGAUGGGAGGAGUUGGGAAGACGAUGAUGCAGAGUGGAGGCACAUUUGGUACAUUUAUGUCCAUUGGGAUGGGCAUCCGCUGCUGAGACCACCUACCAUACUUACUUAUAAUUACAUAGUGGGACUUUUGUCAUAACUCAUUCCUAUGUCACACUUUGUCCCAGAACUAUGGAGAAAUGUCAAUAAAUGCUGUGAUUUCAA